AGUGCAUGCGAAAAUUUCUCAGAAUGAUAGAUAGAUAUAAGACGACAUUUAUAGCAUCUGUAAAGGAUAAAAGCGGUUCUUGGUCACUGUGUGCUAUCGUAUUGUGCUAUUCUGAAAUGAAGACGACAAUGUUAAAGACUGUGGUGGUGUUAUUGCUGAUCAAUGUUGUCAUGUCUACCAACAGGUGGAGGCCGAGGAGAGGACUCUGUACGGGUCCUCCAGAUUCCGGACCCUGCUAUGCAAACAUGAGACGUUUUUACCAUGUUGCGGGAGUCUGUGUUCCGUUUACGUAUGGCGGAUGCGCAGGUAACGCAAACAAUCACGAGAGUUGGAUAGGAUGCAUGCAGACGUGCGUUUUCCGGGGGCCGAUAGGGCGGAGGUACUGAUAACCCUAAACUUAAUCGGAAACCAUAAAGGACAGUAUUUCAGACGGAUACAAAACAAUUCAUCAAAUAAA